AUGAGGCAUCGAGCAAAGGCAGGAUUGGGGAGAGGCACUUCCCUCUCCCUCAGCAGACACCCGCGGAGGGAGAAAAUCGCUCCGUUGAAGAAGCUAAAAAAAACGCUGCUCGAUGCAGAAGUGCUGAUUGACGUGUCCAAAAUUAGAAUCUAUGCAAAGGAAAAUUUCGAUCUCGAAUUAAUUAACAACGUAAACGAUCGAUUCGUAGAAAAGACAUAUAAAUUAUUGAUGGACACAAGGAAAAAUAUGAUUCCAGAGGACGAGCUGAAUGAUUUUAUAUUUCUGCUGAUGAAUGAAAGGAAGGAAAAAAAGAGCCAAGUCGAAAAGAUGAGGAGAAAUGGGCAGGAUAAAAGUGACUCCGUCAGAGGAUCUGCCAAAUGUCCAAUAAAAAAUGAAGUCACCAAUUUGAUAAAAAAAAUGAAUAAGUUUCACUUUUAUUUUAAAGAAUUUCUCAAGAAGGAUAAAUUGUGGAUGGAUGCCACAGAUGGGGGCGAUGGGAAGGCCACCACGUGGGGCACUACGAGAGGUACUACCUUGGAUAAUCGCGGAGGCCAGAAGCAAUCGGAUCUCCAACCGAACGGUGACAAUGCAUGCAGAAAGGCUGACACUUGUUUUUCUUACAUAGGAAGGAAAGGAGAAACGGGGAAGGGCGAAUCAUUGUAUUCCCAGAGUAAGCAGAAGAAGGAACAGCGGGAAAAAACAGAACGAGCCAUUCGCAACCUGUUGAGUAGCGGCCUCAGUGAGACAGAGUCGGACGUAGAGCGCCCCGUCCAAAUCGACGAAAUGACGCAAAUGGCUGAGGAAAUGAAUGAUAGUUUGGGAGGACGAGAAUGCGCGACAAACAAGAUGGCUCUAUUUAGGCAACGAGUAAAGGUAAAAAAUGUUUCCCCUUCCUCUUCUGAUGGGAAAGAGAUAAGAGAAACCGAAGACACGCAACCCUACCGCUGCCAUUACGUACAGAGAGGAGGGGGCACCCCUCGGGGGGACAGCCCACAUGGGUGUACAUUCCAAAGGGGCUGCACCAAUUUGGUUGCAGGGAGAAGCACGAAUAACCGGGGGAGCCACAGACAGGGGGGUGACAGUCAGUUAGUAGGAAUCCGACACGGUGACAGCCUCGGUGAUAAUAGCAGUGAUAGCAACAGCGACAGCAGUAGCGGUGAUGAUGGCCGUCCCAGUGAAGUCAUGCGAAGGAGCCGGUCCGAUGGAGCCAAGUACUGCCUGUACAGGAAUGCCCUUUCUGAAGACCACCACACUGGACUUGCACACGGGGCCUCCCUGACAGAGUACGAAAGGUAUAUAAUCCUAAGGAAGAAGAAGAAAAGGAAGAAAAAAAAAAAAAAAAAGAAAAAUAAUAACAAAGACAAAGACAAAGGUAAUCAAAACAGUGACAGUCUAACUUUUUUGAAAGUCCCAAAUGUGCUAACAUGUGAUUGGAAAAAAGAACGGGGGAAGGACAACAGAAGGAAGGAGCCUGAAAGAAAUAAUGUGGACAACUAUUUGGGGGACGCAUACAACAGCUGUGAGCACCCCGGUGAAAGGAACCCCAUGCUGGCGGCAAGUUACAAAGAGGCGUUUUCCCGCGGCUACCUCCACGAGGGGAGGAGCAAUUUGGUGCACACCCUGUUGGGGACGAAGGACGAGAAGACGGAGUUUUCGAGAAAGUCAGGUUACGCGAAGGGGAAUACUAAGGGGAAUGCUCAGAGGUAUAUUAAAGGGCAUCCUGACGGGGGUGCCAGGGAGCGUGAAGUCGAGGAUACUUCAACAACCGGAAAGAAGGGUCUUACUCCCCCCUCAUUAACCACGUCAUCCUUGGUGAUCAUUCCGGAGGAAAAUUAUUCUAAAAAAGGGAUGCUGAUAAAGUCGGGCAAUAACUCCUCUCCUCAGGGGGAAAAACGUUCGGAUCAGUUGUGUCCACAUGAUGGAGAGGGGAAACUGUCAGAGUUACACAAACGAGGAAGGGAUGAUAUUCAUCUUAAGGUGCCGAAUGGACCCUGGCCCUUGGCAGGAUCACAUAAAGGAAAUGGUGUCAUAAAUGUAUCAGGAGGGGGGAAUCCUCUUCCAAGUGAAACCCCCACAAGUGGCUGCUCAAAUGGGAGCCGUAUGAGGAGAAGAGGCACAAGUAAGGGAUUCCAUGCAGAUGGUGGGAUCGCCAAAGUAAACAACAACGUGUUAGAACCCCUCAGUGGGGAAGUACCUACGAGGGAAGAUGAAGUAGAUAAGGCAGACAGAAAUGUGGACCGUAAAACAAAUGCAUCAAUCGAAAAAGGAAGAAGGGGAAACGCCAGAUUACGUCAUCCCCUUUGCGAAAAGAGCUAUAGCAGAACAAAGGACAGCGCUGAUGAGAGCCCAAUAGUUGGGGGUACACGAGGCCAGUAUGACGAAACCGCUGCCCAUUUCGAUGAACAGCUCACGCUAGAUGGGCCGAAGGAGUGGAACAGCGAUAUUUCAACUGAGGAAGGGAUCAACCCCUUGGAAGAAUCAAGCAGGGGAAAUAGGGAUUAUAUGUGUAGCGUCCUCGAUUUGAGGUACCGUCCCCAGGAUGAUAGCCCUACUGUCACUGCGAAAGAUCCCAACGAAUGGGAAAUCUUCGAGGGGAAAGAAUCGACCCCGUUACAUCACAAAGAAGAAGUAGAUCCAUCUGCCAGCGUGAGGAAGGAGGAAAAGUCCCAUGUGAGAAAUAAGAAUGUGAAAAGAUAUGAACAGACCAUAUCAGAUUGUACGUCCACCAUGGAGUACCCCAGUGAGAGACACAUUUAUGCCAACAGAGAUGUUUCUUCAUCCGUUUCAAAAAAUGGAGCAAAUUUCUACAGUAAUAGAGAAAAAAGGAUUGUUUCCCCUGAUUGUGCAUCCACGUUGGGAAGAGAUAAUGCCGAUUCUUAUGACUACUCUGAUGAAAGGUUUGAAGAUAUGGAUCAAGACAAAAGGGACACAAGGAGUCAUUACAGGGGGGAAGAGAAAUAUGAUUUUUUGGCAGAAGACACAUGGAAGGGACCCAAUGAUGUGGGUAUGAAUCAAAACGGAAGAGAUAAGACCUGGAGGAGGAAUCAAGACAGCAUUAGGGGCACCCAUUUAGGAGGAGACAAAAAAGACACACUACAGAAACGUAUUACAGGCUUCCUUUCAAAGGGUGCUAUGAAAGAGGGGGGAGGAUCAAAUUAUUUUAAGAGUCCCACGUAUGAUCGCGCGCUGAUGAGACGCGUCGAGAGCGAUAUUGCGUUUUAUGAGGACAUUUCGCACGAUAUGGAAGGCGUCACGAGGGGGUUACAGAACGGGUCGUUUUAUGGCCCCUCCCACAGGUACUUGCAUGGACCCGAUUGCCCUCCCGAUUACAGCCCCCAUGGAGACAGUCCGAUCAGCUUCAACCCGAAGGAUUUUUUACUUUUAAAAAAAAAAAGAGAAGAAGAUUCCAGGCUGAACAAAUGGUUAAACAAAAUGAACUCCAGAGAAAAUGAGAAAAAAAAAAAAAUCCAAAAAAAAAAGAACGAAUCUAUAAAGAAGGAAUUGCUAGAUUGUACCUUCCACCCCAGGGUCAGCAUCGUGCAGCCGAACAAAGUGAAGAGUUUCAUCAAAGAGGAAGGCACACAGGGAGGUGGGGUUAACAUACACAAGAGGGGGGGCAUCGAAUUACGCCCUCACAAUGAGAAAGGCCAAUUUGACGACGACCUCCAUGUCGCUUCACGUGGCGCGGAUAGACGCGCACCCCGAGUGAAGGCGAUCACACAGGUUGGUAGCGAGUGGACGGACAUCGCCUAUCACAAGAGCGCCAUACCGCCCAUGAACAGAUAUGAGGAUGCACUUAUGCGUGACGAUGUUGUUGGUCCAAUGAGCCGAAACAUCAGUGGGGGUCAUUCCCAUGGGAGGGGGGCUGCAGGGGGGGCAGCGAGGAGAGGAUAUCAUACCAGGGGAAGGUACACUGAUGGGGAAAUCGUUCCUGAAGAGGACAUCCAGAGCGAUGAUCGAAAUAGUAACCGUAGGAGCAGCGGGGAGGAGCCGUACCGGGAAAGUAAAAUAAAACACAGAGAUAGAAAUGAGCUUCUGUACUGGAAAGCCAUGAAGCAGAAAGAGCACCUACAAAGGAAGAAGGACGCUUUUGAGGAAGCCAAGGAAAAUAAAUUUAAAAGCGAAUGUAAGUUUAGUCCAGAAAUAAAAAACAACGUGACAAUAUACAUGUCGGACCUGCCGAAGGGAUACAGCAAAACGGUGGAAAGAAUCAAACGGGGUGUCGAGGAAAAAAGGAGAGUCCAUAAUUUCUUGGAGUAUAGGAUACCAGUAGACACAAAUGGAGAUAAAAAUGCACAAAAUGAUUUACGAAGUAGAUGGAAGGGAGGGAAGACUACCACUCUCUCCCCCUUCAGCUUUGACAAGGGAUUCUACAAGGUGAAAAUAAAGCCCGUUUACUUUGAAACGAAAAUAAGGUUGUCCGAAAAUAAAAUUGUCUCUCUGGCCAUUCGGGAAGACGAGGACCCCUUAUACAUCGUUGACAUAUUUUGUAAAAUUCAUGCAAUUAGGGAUGAAGACAAGAGGGUGCUUUAUGAAUAUGUGAUGGACGAGUUGCGGAAGGCAUCUCAUAGUAGGUAG